AUGUCUGAUUGGUCUGCUUGGUCUGCUUGGGUUAAGCCUGAACGGAGACUGGUUGGAUUCGAUCGGGAGCUCGACGGGUACACAGGGACGACAACCGGCUUCUUCGCGGUGGAGGGCUGUUCCAGCGGCUUCUUUGGGCGGUAUUUUCUCUUCACGCCGGAGGCAUUCAGGAUACCGUUUCCGCAGCAGACCAGAAAGAGGUGGAGAAUCAGCGGCAGACUGUUGCAGCUGGCGCUUAACGGAUGGCGAUGGCCCUGGCACCUUGAGUGGCAGUGGGCCUCCUUCGGCCGAUUUUCGUGGAGCGCGGAGACGCGCUACCUCCAGCGCGAGCUACGCUGGGCAAUCCAGCGUUUCGUGUGGGAGAGGCGAGGCACCCUCGCCCACCAGUUCGCGUUCGGCCGCGUCGGCAGCGGAGCGGUGCUGCCCGGGAGCCCUCCCGCAGGGGCAACGGCCACGCAGGCCAUCAUCAACAAGGCCUUCCACGGGGUUGAUUCGGGAAACCCGUGGAUCACGGUAAUCCUGAUUUACCUAGACUCCCAGGGAUACCAGGUGGGGCAGUUCGGAACGGUGCACCUGCACCGGAACGGGCGGGAGACGCUGGGAGUGCAGGACGGCACCCGCUUUGACGUUGCGCCUGGACAGGCGUUGAUUCGGCGACCUCGGGCGCCGCCAGUAGCGCGGGUAAACCGGCGCACAAUCCACCUUCGCCGCGGCGGGCCCCCGGUGCCGGUGCCUCGCGGCGUUCUCCGGCCUUUGGUACGUGACAGUAUCUUGAAUUCCCUCAUCCUCGCACCCGCACACCAGGACGCGGCUAACUAG